AUGCAAGUCCCAUUGCUUCGUCUCCAGUGUGGUGUCAACAGCUAUGACUGGGGCAAGAUCGGCCCGGAGUCGGCUGCUGCCAGAUUUGCAGCCACCACAGCGGCUUCGGACUUUUCGAUAGAGGCAGAGAAGCCUUACGCUGAACUGUGGAUGGGCACGCAUCCUUCGCUUCCCUCCAAAGAUGUUGAGACUCAGAGGACAUUGUUGGACCUCGUGCAGGAUAACCAGGCGUUGAUUUCCACAGAGGUCAGCGAGCGAUAUGGUGGAAAGCUCCCGUUCCUCUUCAAGGUGCUUUCGAUCCAGAAAGCACUGAGUAUCCAAGCGCACCCGAACAAGAAAUUGGCGGAGCAACUCCACGCCAAAGAUCCCCGAAACUACCCUGAUGACAACCACAAACCGGAAAUGACAAUCGCUGUUACGCCGUUUGAAGGGCUGUGUGGGUUCCGUCCGUUGGCAGAGAUUGUCUACUUCCUUAACGUUCUGAAACCGCUUCGGAAGCUUGUGGGUGACGAGGAAGCCAGCCAGUUCGAGAACGCUGUCAAAGGAGCAGAAGAGUCCGAAGACUCUGACGUUAAGCAGAAUAACAAAGACGCAUUGCGCGCUAUCUUCAAUACGUUGAUGCAGUCAACACCAGACAAGAUCGAGACAGCUACAAAGGACAUCAUUGCCGCUGCAGAAAGCUCCCCAGAGACCUUUGCCGCUUCGGAUGGCUUCCCUGUUGGCAGCCCUAGCAGUCCCGCAGAGCUAGCCGCCAUCAUUCGUCGUCUCAACGGCCAAUUCCCCAACGAUAUUGGGUUGUUUGUGUUCUUUUUCCUCAACUUCGUCGCCAUGGAGCCCGGUGAGGCCAUGUUCCUGAAAGCCGACGACAUUCAUGCGUAUAUUUCUGGAGAUAUCAUUGAAUGCAUGGCAUCAUCUGACAACGUUGUGCGCGCCGGUUUCACCCCCAAGUUCAAGGACGUGGAAACUCUUACCAACAUGUUGACCUACUCCUACGCACCGAUCGAGGAACAGAAGCUGGAGCCAGUUGACUAUCCAUAUGCUGUGCUGAAUGUGCCAGCGUACUCAAGCGGAUCGUCUUGCCUUCUCUACGAUCCUCCGAUCGAGGAAUUCAGUGUGGUGAAGACUGACCUGAACAGAACAGGAGCUAAGGCGACUUUUGAUGGACUUGCGGGACCCAGUAUCCUGAUCUGCACAGGCGGACAAGGCCAGAUCCGGGUUGCGAACAAGACGGAGGAAAUCAAGGAGGGAUAUGUGUUUUUCAUCGGGGCAACUGCUGAGUGUAUUGUUGAAAACACCGAUGGAGGGGAGGAGGACAAAAAGGUUUUUACCACUUUCAGGGCAUUCUGCGAUUUGACGGGUAAGGAAGACAUGGCGAACGGCAACUAG